AUGAAGUACAUUAUAGAACAUAUGGAAGAAGGUUUCUCUGAAUGGGUUAUUUUAGAGUAUUCACAAAUCAUAAGAGACGUUGGUAAGGAAAAUUUGAUCUUAACAUCGUUACCAGAAUCUACUACUGAAAAAGAUAUUCCUCAAAGGUUGUUAGACUUGGGACUACACUGGACUACUAGAGAAUGUGUAGAAAUAGAUGGAGGGUUGGAUUUUUCAAGAGUUUGUUUAUUGGAUCCAGCUGCUGAAGUAGACUUGACUCCAGAAGAUUCCUCUAAGUUUGAUUAUUUCGUAUUCGGUGGUAUAUUAGGAUCACACCCUAGAAUUGAUAGAACUGGUAUAUUGAGAAAGAAGUACGGUUUUGCAGGAAGAAGAUUGGGAAAGUUGCAGAUGACUACCGAUACUGCCAUUAGAACCACAACUAGGAUAAUUGAAAACAAAACCAAGUUUGAAAAUAUUAAGUUUUUAGACUACCCAGAAAUCCGUUUCAAUAAGUAUGAAGCAACUGAAAUGCCAUUUAGAUAUAUAACCGACGAAAAUGGAGAACCAAUUUUACCUAGGGGCAUGUUGGAACAUAUUAAGAAGGACGCAGAACAAAGUAUAGAUGACUUGUUGAUAGAGUGA